AUGGAUAAUGCCAUAUACCAUUUCAUGGACUGUGACGGCUCCCGAGACGGACCGCCAAAGCCGUACCCGGACAUCUCGCAGAUAGCCGACUUCUCCGCGUCCCAGCAGCCCCAGCACGACGCGCCCGAGCCGCGAGUCAAGAAGUUCUACCCGGGCGUGCUCGACUCCAAGUACAUGCAGGCGGUGGUGCGCGGCGGGCGGGAGGGCCUGCUCCAGUUCAAGGAGAACCCCCGACCCGGCUACCCGGUGCCCUACCCCUGGCCCGAGUGGUACGUCAUCCUGGAGAUCGGCGGCAUCUACCAGCGCGAUGCCGGCCUCUACACCUGCAAGGCCGUCAACAAGCACGGAGAGGCCACCGUCUCAUGCACCCUUACCGUCAAGGGCCGGCAGGGUGUGGUGCUGGAGCCGCAGAUGCCGCACGACAUGUCCGGCAUCCGUCAGCUGGAGGAGUCGCUGCACAAGGCCGAGCCGGCGCCCGAGCAGGAGGAGAAGCCCAACCCGCCGCGCUUCGUCACCGAGCUGCAGAACCAGGACCAGCUGUACGAGGGCCAGCCGGCGCACUUCGACUGCCGUGUCGAGCCCGUCGGCGACCCCAGCAUGCGCAUCGAGUGGUUCUUCAACGGCCGCCCCAUCGACACUGGAUCCAGGGUGCACAUGUUGGAUGACUUCGGGUUCAUCGUGCUCGACUUGGACUGGACGUUCCCGAGGGACUCUGGGGAGUACGUGUGCCGCGCCACCAAUAAGUGGGGCACCGCGUCUACCAAGGCCACCCUCAUCUGCAAAGCCAAGCGGGACGUGCUGCUGGAAUCGCAGCUGCCCCAGGGCAUGUCGGGUGACAAGCUGCGCGCGCUGGAGGAGGGCCCCCAGCUGGGAGAGCCGCAGGCGGCCGCAGCCGGAGGCUGAGCCGCCCAGGUUCAUCAAGGAGAUCGAAAACGUCGACAUCGGCGAGGGCGAGACAGCCUUCUUCGACGCCAAGAUUGAGCCCAAGACGGACCCGAACCUGCGCGUCGAGUG